UUUCUGAGUCAGGACUUUGCGUUGCCGAUCUAUUUGGCUAGAGCGCCACGAUGCUCUAGUUCGCGUCGCCCCGUCCAGUAACGGAAGUCGAGCCAGCCGUCUGUGUUGAACGCCGGACUGCAGCAAUGUCAACAUGGACGACCAAGAGGAAGAGCGGCAAAUUUGUAUAUAUCGCGACUUGCGCACCCCAUCCAAGUCCAAAAGUUAGCCCCGAAAUUCUAAAGCCCCCCUCUACUUUCUCAUCAUGCUUCAAGUGCUCUUGCCUGUACUCGUUUCCGCUGCUUCCGCUGCCAUACUUUCCUCUCGACAGACGUUGUCUGGAAGUACUGUGUGCGAGCAGAUCGCAGGAAGCAUCAAUGGCACUGUCUAUUAUCCGACAACGUUGAGCGACAACUUCGUCAACGACACUGAGCACUAUAUGAGCUCUUCUUCGGAGACUCCAACAUGUGUCGUUGAGGUAGCUAGUCCUGAAGACGUUUCCAGCGUUUUGAGCAUCGUUGGGCAGACUCGAACCCCAUUUGCUAUCAAAUCUGGUGGACAUGCUUCGAAUCCUGGAUUCUCGAGUACCACAGGAGUAUUCAUCUCUCUGGUCAGGAUAAAUCAGGUUACCCUGUCGGCAGACAAAAGUACUGUAGAGGUCGGCCUGGGGAACGUCUGGACCGAUGUCUAUACCGCUCUUGACGGAUCAGACGUCAACGUCGUCGGAGGUCGUGUUAUUGGUCCUGGUGUUGGUGGCUUUUCGCUGGGAGGUGGCUACUCGUGGUUGACAGAUCAGUACGGCCUGACCUGCGACACCGUCCAAGCCUUCAACCUCGUCCUUCCAAAUGGCACAAUAACCCAGGUCGACUCAGCACAAUCUGACCUGUUCUUUGCGCUCAAAGGGGGCCUGAAUCGAUUCGGCAUUGUGACAAGCAUCAUCUUCAAGACGGUGCCACAAACGAACGACGUUUAUGGUGGCAUCAAACUCUAUGGCACCGAUGCUGUUCCAGACUUGAUCACUGCGACGAACACCUUCCAGGAUCAGAACACCGAUCCCAAAGCUCAAGUAAUCCUCACGCUGAACGGCGGCUCGGUUCCUGGUGCCAUCCUACUUCUUUUCUAUGAUGGUCCAGAGGAACCAGCAGCUUUUGCGCCCUACAAUAAUGUCAGCGCUGCUCCACUCAUCUCGACAGUCAAAUCCCAAUCCUAUGCGUCCUUCUCCACAGGUACAGACUCUGAUCUUGAAGCUGGAUACCGUGGCGCUUUUCAUACCAUGAUGACCACAAGCCUCACGACAGCAUUUCUGACCGCUGUUUACAACGAGACAACCUUCUACGGUGACCUUGCUCUCCUCAAUGGUGGCAAUCUCAUCUCUUAUGAUGUCGAACCUUUCUUGAAUUACGGGCAGUAUGCAACCGACUCCGCAUUCCCGCACGCAAAUUCUCCAUUGCCACUUAACUUAUACUACUCUUGGACGCCCGAAACCGAGGAUGAAUACUGGAGAGGUGUAAUGCAACAGAGUAUCGACCAUCUGAUUGAGGUCGCAAAGGCGGAAGGUAUCUUUACAGAAGAUGCGUAUGCAUAUCCGAAUUAUGCUUUGAGUACAUAUUCUGGCGCGCAACUGUACGGACCAACGAAUGCGGCAAGAUUGAGAGAGAUCCAGGCAACAUAUGAUCCAAAUGGUGUUAUGACACUUGCUGGGGGAUUCACCUUUUAG